AUGCCGUCGUCUAUUUCGAACUCGCCUCGGAAGGUUGGCAAGCCUCGCCUCGACAAGUACGAAAGACUUCUUCACAGACUUUACGAGGCUAUGGUUUUGUUAUGGCUUGAGCAGCCAGUCCAAGGACCGCAUCUCGUUAUCCAUCAUGAUGGCAGUGUGGCCGCCUGUCGCCGCCGGCUAAGUCGCAAUCUUGCAUACAUUUGCGACUAUGACAAGGGCGGCAAGACGACUACAUCUAUUGGCAUCGAAGAUUCUACUUCAUCAUAUGUGUUCUGGGUGGCGACUAACGACCCUCGCAAUCAAGGCCGUUUGAUGGACUUUCUGAGAUCUAUUUUGCACCGCCUUAGAGGCAUAUCCAGAGUGUCAGACCCCAACCAUUCGUGGCUUGAUGGCCAGGAGGAUGCGUGCGCUCAGGAGUGCACGAAGUUUGCCGCUCGGAGAAUCAAGAAAGAAGCACGCAUUCUUUCAAAUACGGUCGAAAAGUGUCUUGAACAUUUGGAGAAGCCGCCUCACGAUGAAAAAGAUAUUCCCAAACGGGACAUACUUCAACUAAAGGAUUGGCUUCCAAAAUUUAAGUUUGGACCCUUAGAAACCGGAUAUGACCGAUGCAGGGUGGCAUAUUAUGCCCGACAUGAUCCGGAGAUGGACACCCUUCGACGACUUGGCCAAGAGGUUCAAGGCGAUCCAGGUUCUGAAAGUUUGACAGGGAAGUUCCAUACUAUUCGGCAUUUUGUCGGAAGGCUUGCAGAACACAUCCGUAUCUCUAAACAACUUGUUGAGGAUGCCUUACGUAUGGCCCACAUUCUUGAUGAAUGCAAAGCAUCUGCGAUCGAGCCUGCGGUGUGUGCUUCACCACCAAAAUCUGAUUCUCACACCAAUCUCCAAGGCAUCCUUAGGAGGAUGUCCUCAAGCGGAGGCUCCGAGUUGGAAGAGAUUCAGCAAACAUUCUCUCGCCUGGAUGAGCAUACCAAUCACGAGUCAAAGAUUAUGGAGCAUUACGACAUGCUUCAGACCCAGCAACGCCCAAUAGUUCAUUCGGAAGUGCAGGUCCUGGACCACUUCCACAGGAAUGGCCUGCAUUUUGUGGACGAUGAUCGCUUUAUCGGUACCAGCAAGUUCUCUUGCUUCUGCUGCAAACUGUACUUUCGCUAUCAUCCUGCAAAUCCGGUGGAACCCGAAUCGCAUGAACAAGUCUACCUCAAUUGGGGCCCGUUUGCACUUCCCCUUGGGUCCCAAGACCCAUCCUUUCCGGAACAACGGAAUGUCAUGAACCCACUAAUCAGAGCUUUGGGAGAUGCGUUCUUUCGACGACUGAGAGAGAACAAGACUUUGGCCUUUCGCCACGCAAACUCGGUCACUGGCCUGAGUCGGUCGGCAGAUACUUGGAACGGUUCUGACGCCUUGACUGGGGAGGUUCAGAAUGAGACAGAUUCCGAUUCUGAAGGUGGAGCAGCUUUGUGA